ACGCAGAUGUUGAUAAUUAGGCAAAAAGCGGACCUGGGUCGAGAAAGUAAGGAUUUGAGGAAGGAAAUGAAACGACAUUGUCACUGGUGUUGCAUGUACGUUGAUCCCCGACUGAAUCAUGAAUGGAAGGUGUGCCGUAUUGGUAUUUGAUUUGUUAUUCUCCUCCGAUCCUUGUUUCUUCCUGAACAGCGUGGCAGUGAACACGUAGCAUAGAAUGACACACAGACACAGUAGACUAAUCAUGAACAAUACACGGCCCAACCUUUGACUGUACUGUGCACAGAAUGAAAUGGGUUGGACCAGCCUUCAUAUGAGGGUGCUACACGUGUACAAAUGAGACUGAAAUAUGAAUAUAAUAGAGCAGUUAGGUGGGCUGGGUCGUGUUUGUAUGGGGAGGCAUUGCAGUGUGUUGUAUUGAUAUAAAGAUCCAGUCCAGUCCUUCGAGCUUGCCUUCUAUUUUAUCCUUGAACAUUGAUGUGAAAUGAUUCGUGUUUAGUAGUUAAUUUACCUACAUCAUUGAUUGUUUUGUGUCUGCUAAGUACUGCUACUCAAUUUUUCCGAAGAUGCAGCCAGUAUCGGCUUGUAUUAUCAAAGGUAUGGGCAACCAGUACUUUCAUAUCGCCGCAGCCAUGCUUCUUAGCCUUGUGAUGAUGGGGUCUCGGGUUAACUCAACAGAAGUGAGCGAACACACCAUGAAACUUGCCAGGGCCAAUAAUGAAUUUGCCGUCAAUCUAUACAAAGCUCUCAGUGAAACCCAUCCAGACCAAAAUCUCUUCUUCUCUCCGCUUAGUGUCUCUACCGCUCUGGGAAUGACCCAUCUAGGAGCCAGAGGAACAUCCUCAAAGCAGAUGAGGGAGGUGCUCCGCUUUGAUCUCCUAGAAGAAGAGCAUCUCCAUGCCUCUUUUAAGCAACUCAAUGCUCUUUUUUAUGAAUCUUCAAGCAAGUACACACUGAAAUCUGCCAACAAGCUCUUUGGAAAAGCUGGCGCUGAAUUCCUUCAAGAGUUCCUGGACAAUACUGGCAAUUUCUACAACUCUGCAUUUGAAGCAGUGAAAGAUUUUGCAGCCCCAGAGGCAAGGAAAGGAAUUAAUGAUUGGGUGGCUAAGGAGACAGAGAAUAAGAUCCAGAAUCUCAUACCAGAUGGGAUUUUAAACUCUCUCACCAAGCUAGUCCUGGUAAAUGCCAUUUAUUUCAAGAGCACCUGGGAUCAGGCCUUUGACAAUGAAAGCACCAAGUCAGGAGUUUUCAAGAUGGACCAAGAAACUGCACAUCUUCGAAUGAUGCACAAAGAAGGAGAGCCCAUGAUGACAGAUGACAAGACUAGGAAAUGUUUUGUCUUGGAGAUGCCCUAUGAUGGCAAUGACCUAAGUAUGUUGGCCGUCCUACCUUGGGAUGAUGAUGGCUUAGAACAAGUGGAGGAACAAAUGACCAUGGAGGCUUUAGACUUCUGGGACAGUGACCUUGAGCCAGAGCAAGCAAUGUACUGGUUUCCAAGAUUUAAGCUAGAGGACACCUUCAGUCUCUCUUCCAUUCUUCAAUCGAUGGGCAUGACUGAUCCUUUUGAAAGUGGCAAAGCCGAUUUCUCUGGCAUCACAGGGGACCAGUCUCUCCAUAUCUCUGAAGUAAUCCACAAAGCUUUUGUGGAGGUGAACGAAGAAGGCACGGAAGCAGCGGCUGCUACUGGAGUCACCAUGAUGAAAAGGUCGUUGGGAAAGCGAUACAGGCUGAGGUUUGAUCAUCCAUUCCUGUUCCUGAUCAGAGAUCGUAGGACCAAGGCCGUCCUGUUCAUGGGACGACUGGUUGACCCUCCUCAUGAAACAAGGGUUCCUCAUGAGGAGUUGUGAAGAAACUAAGUUUCAAAUCAAAGGAGAACAUCAAAUGGGCUUUCAUGAAGUGAUUAGAUGUCUUGGGAACAAAAUGUUAAAACAUUUUCAUGCCAGACCAGGGACUCAUUACAGAAACAGUUGCAAUCAAACACAACUCUAAAAAUUCAUGCUCUACUUGAUAUUUAACCAAUCAAAAGCAUGCAUUUUGGACUUGCGCUUGAUUUUCUUGACUCGCACUUAAACGCAACUAUAUCUGCAACAUAACCCAGUCCAAUCUAUUUUUUAAAUAUGCAUGUAUAUUACAGACCACCGCUGGCGUAUGUACUGUAUCAGGAGCUUGAGUACACAGCUUCAUGUUGGAUUGUAGUCAUUGAUUUGUAUGUUUGGUCUCUCAUCUUUAUCAAGCAUAAAAAUUAGGGCCGUUUCAUAAAGCUGUUCAUAAGUUAAGAGUGACUUUAAGAAUGACUGGUGAUCAUUUAUUGUGGUAAAUGAUAUUCACCAUUAUAUGUUCAUUGUUGAUUAUUUAGAAAGGUUUUUAGCAAGGUUCACCAGUCAUUUUUAAAGUCGCUCUUAACUUAUGAAAGGUUUAUUAAACACCCACCUGGAUACAGUAAUGGACUUAUUUUCAUAUAAAUUUUAUGGUGAAAGUAUGUUGAAAAUUUGAAAUAAAAAUAAAUGUUUAAUAAGAGUUCCAUGAAAUAAAUUCUUAAUACUUUUCUGGAUAUGGGGUAUACUUCAAAAAAUCUCCAUGAGAUAUCUGUAAUCAAUUUUAUGUUGAAAAGUAUUUGUAAAUUUUAAUAAAAAAUGUUUAAAGGGCAAUACAAACUUUGGAACAUGUGGGCUUGUGUGAAAACAGAAAAAUCAAAGAAUAAGAUCAUAGAUAUUUUGAGAAAGUCGGACAAAUAAAGAGAAAGUUAUCAGCAUUUGAAUAUUGCGAUCACUAAUGCUAUGGAGAUCCUCCCAUUGUCAAUGCGAUAAAGAUGUGUGAUGUCACAUGUGAACAACUUUUUGGCUCUUUCUUAUGGUGAUACAAACUAUUUAUCCCUAAUGUAUUCAUUGAAAAUCUGUAUUAUACGCUCUUCUAUAGAAAGAAUACAUGAUCUACUAAUAGAUGUGAUAGGAGAGGCAGUUUAAGUAAAAUGUAUAUAAAAGUAAUGGCAAAGUUGUUCACAUGUGACAUCACACAUCUUUGUCACAUUGCCAAUGGAUG